AUGUGGAUGUACACGGGUGGUCUGAUCGCGGUGGUGUGGACGGGCGUGUGGCUCUGGCUGGACUCGCAGGAGAUCACGACGCUCCACAGCAAGUACGUCCUGGUUACCGGCUGCGACUCCGGCUUCGGGAACCUGCUCUGCAAGAAGCUGGACAAGAAGGGAUUCAAGGUCAUCGCCGCCUGCCUCACAGAGAAAGGGGCGGACGACCUGAAGAGGGCGACUGGGCCCCACAUGAGGACCAUCCUGCUGGACGUGACCAGCUCCGAGAGCAUCAGGAAGGCCGUGGAGUGGACCAGGAAGGAGGUGGGAGACAACGGCCUGUGGGGCAUUGUGAACAACGCGGGUCGCUCGCUGCCUAUGGGUCCCUCGGAGUGGAUGAAGAUCGAAGACUUCCAGAAGACGCUGAACGUCAACAUGAUCGGGGUCAUCGAGAUGACCAUGGCCUUCCUGCCGCUCAUCAAGCAUGCCAAGGGACGCAUCGUAAACGUGGCGUCGGUGCUGGGGCGCGUGGCCGCCAACGGGGGAGGGUACUGCAUCUCCAAGUUUGGCGUGGAGUCCUUCUCAGACUGCCUCAGGAGAGAUAUCAGCUACUUUGGAAUCAAAGUCUGCAUCAUUGAGCCAGGCUUCUUCAAGACUCAGGUGACGAGCCUGGACCCCAUUGAGAGAGAGCUCCACCGACUAUGGAACCAGCUGACGCCUGAGGUCCGGGAGAGCUAUGGAGACAAGUUCCUGGAGAAAUACAUCAAGGUCCAGCGCCUCAUCAUGAACGCUGUCUGUGACUCGGACCUGAGCAAAGUGACCAACGCCAUGGAGCAUGCGCUGCUGUCGGCCUACCCUCGAACCCGCUACAGCGCCGGCUGGGAUGCCAAGUUCGUCUGGAUCCCCCUCUCCUACAUGCCCUCCUGCGUAGUCGACUGGGGACUCAAACUCGUGCUGCCGAAACCUGCCAAGAGUGUGUAG